AUGAUUGCAGCUAUGCAGCAGCUGAUCGCAAUGACCGUGCGCGAAGUGCUGCAGGAGUCAGAUGCCGACGAGAUGACCGAGCACCAGCUGCGGAUGGAGGUGUCCAGGAGGCUCGGGGUCGACCUCUCGCUCCCGAAGCACAAGGCGAUCGUGAGCCAGGCCAUGCAGUCGUUCCUCGAAGAGGAGGAACGAGCUCGGGAGGACGACGGCGAAGCGAGCGAGGAUGAAGUUCCGGAGUAUACUGACUCCGGCGACCUCAUUGUCUGCAACCUAUCUAGGAACAGGAAAGUGACAGUCGGCAACUUCAAAGGAAAGACUCUGGUGUCGAUGAGGGAAUACUACAAUAAAGACGGGAAAGAGCAUCCUUCGCGUAAGGGCAUAAGCUUGACCAACAACCAGUGGUCACUCCUCAGGAACAAGGUGCCCGCCAUAGAAGCGGCCAUCAAGAAGAUGACACCCGGCUCCUAG